ACCUGUCGUUCAGGUAAUUUUAUCUGAGACAACAAAAAGUCGCUGAACGCGGAAGUACUUCAAUUAUUUCUGUGAGGCGGAAACUUGCUCAGCGCGGUUUUAGCCAACGGACUAAAACCAGAUACCGAUAAAAAUGAACCAGCUGCGGUUCUCCGUCACGCUGCUACUCUGUGCCGUGGUGCACUUCUCCCCGGCCCUGGGCUGUGACUGGGUCGGAUAUGAGAAGCAAGGUCUGGAUCUGGACUACUUGGGGGAAUCUGAGAGUGAGAUCGUGGACGUGGACAGUCCAGAGAGCUGUCAGGAAAAGUGCUGUUCCAAUCCGAACUGUAACACGGCUGUGGUCGGUUACCCCAUGGACGGACCGCCGCAGUGUCGCCUGCUGAAGUGUGGGGACAACUGCCGCCGCCGGGAGAACACGCAGUUCAGUGUGUACCAAAAGAAUGGAACCGAAACCACUCUGAUGACGGAAUCUAAAGAACGUAACAACAAAAACAGGGACGUUAACUGCCGUCUGCCGCCAAAGGUGGGUUUGUGCCGGGCGUCUUUCCAGAGGUUUUACUACGACGUGACGGCCGGUACCUGUAAAGGAUUUGUCUACGGUGGCUGUGGCGCAAAUGCAAAUAACUUCAAAAACAUUGAGGAGUGUGAGGCUGCCUGCAGUGGUGUUACAGGGCCAGUUCUCCCUGAAGACUCAACCCCCCCUCCAAAACACUCAGUCAAAGAAUCUCGUGACGCUCCUGUUACCGCAGAUGAGCUUGACGUUGCUGUAGAAGCUCAGGUGAAAGAAAUGUCUGCUAAUGAAUAUUCCCAGCAUUGUGAGGUUGAGCCUGAUGUCGGCCCCUGCAGAGCGUCAUUUUCGAACUGGUACUACAACAGCAAGAUGGGUGAAUGUCAACAGUUCACCUACGGAGGCUGCCAGGGAAACAAGAACAACUACAGAACUAAGGAGAGCUGUGAGAGCACCUGCACAGUGUCGUUUAUCCCAUCAUUCAAGAAUUCCGAUGAUGAUGAAGUUUCUACAGAAUACAAAGAGAAGUGUAUGGUGUCUCCUGACGUUGGUCCAUGUCGUGCUGCCUUCCUAAACUUCUACUUUGAUUACCAGUCUGGCUCCUGUCAGUCAUUCUUAUAUGGUGGUUGCCAGGGAAACGGAAAUCGUUACAGCAGCAUGGACGAGUGUAUGACCCAGUGCAGCCUUGAUGGUCCAUUUUUCCGUCAUAAUCAAGCACGAAGCCGUUGGACAGCAGCCUUCUUCCUCUUUGUCACGCUGGCAGCCAUCUCUGCUCUGCUUUUGCUUGCACUCAUCCUCAUCUCCCUGAGGCGUCGUCGUCUGUCUCGCCGGUCGUCACUCAGUGAUAAGGAGGAGCUGCUACCAGAUGAGCAGUCAUCAGUGGAGUCUCUCACCCUCCCACCCAGUCCUCAAAUCUGAAAGAAUCUGAGGCUUGAGUGGAUCCAACAGUGGCCACUCCACACUCAAACUACAAAACUUUCACACUUCCUAACAUUAAGAGACCUAUCUGAGUUUAGGUGUUCCAACCUUUUGAUCUUCAUUUACUUCCACUGUCUUUUAUUUAAUGUCUGAUUGAUAAUUCAGUUAAACAUUCAAAAAGGAUUAUUUAACUGUAGUAAACAAUUACACAUAAGCUACUCCACUUGGACCAUAGAAUAAACUCAGUCAAUUAAUGUAUGUUUUUAUUUUCAUUGGUUAUUGAAGGGAAUUGUUUUGGCACUAUUUAGUUGGUCCUUUUUUAAUGAAAAUGUUUUUAAUGAUUUGAUGAGAUUGCACAUAGCUUCAAUGUGAACAAGAAACAAUAAAGUCACAUUUUUUUCUAUACUAAAUACUUGACUUUUUGAAAAUUAUCAACUGAUUGGUUUGGACAUAUUUUAAUGCAAAGUAAGUUUAUUCUAAUUGUGUGCAUUCAAACAUUCAGGGAUGAAUUUGAGUUUUUACUUGUACUCUGGUCUGAAUGAAUAUAAUCAAUAAACUAUAAUACUUCCA